GACCUCGGGACGUGGUCAGUCGCAGGCCACUAGCUCUGCCCUUCGCUACAUGCCGAUUUUGGACUCGAGCUCAACCUCGAGCUCCCGUCUUCAACACUUGCUCCUCACAUCUGCGUCACCCAUUGGCUUCUUGGCCCAAUCCCGAGAUUGAAGGCAAAACAUCACAUCGAGAAGCCAAUCAAUGGUCGCAAGCAUACCAGUAGAAUCUUGCGGUGCGGCGACAUAAUUCCACUUAGUCAACCUGCGAAUUCACGGACGCUCUCGACCAAGCGACCGACUUGCACCAUGGCGACCCCGACUCAGAUGAAGCAUGCGGCCUCGCAGCAGGGAAGGACCCCUUCGCAGCUUACCGCAGCGACUCCUCCGGUAUCCACGCCAUUUUCGGCGUCGCAAGCCCACGCGGCCUUUUCGCCUAGAGGGCCUAGGUCGUCGCCUCAGCAGUUUAAGAAAUCGCCUGCGACUUCGACCACCUUGAUGGGCCACCCGGCGAAUGGCGCCCUUAACUUCGACAGUCCUUCUGCAGCGGCUGCCAUGGGCGCGCUUGGCAUCAGUGGCGGACUGGACAUUGGUCUGGAUCACGUCGGCGUCGGGGGAUUUGGCGGCCUGGGGGCACUAGGCAGCGAGGACGAUAAGAUCAAGAGGCUAGAUGCGGUUAUUGAAAUUCUCGGAAAGGCUAAAGGACGAGUCAGCGAAGCCGGACUCGAGCGACUCACGCUUCGAACAGGUCUUACUAGCAUGUGGGACGAGCAUAGGUCGCCCGACGGCAGGAAAACGAGGAUGUUGGUCAUCGCCGGUCAAGCUCUGACGAUCGAUAUCGAGCUGAACAACAACAUCGUGGAAAACGUCUCGCUGGGGUUUCCGGAAUCGGGCCCCAUCGUCACAAGACACAAGGAUCGCGCGGGGAACAUCCUCCUUAAGGAUUUGCAGCUUCGCCCCGACCAGAGCCCGUUAACCAAGACUUUGGAAAAGUUCUCUGCGAACUUGGAGCGCCUGGCAAACCUCGACAAGCUCAGCGUCAUUCCCGGACUCGACUGCCAGGAGGCUCUGGCCGGCAUCUUCGAGAGUCUUGAGAGACUCCACAAGUGGGAGCUGUCGAAGCUGCGAGAAGACCCUGCCAUGGGCGGCAAGCCAGACCGGUUUCUCGAAACAACCAUCAUGUGCACCAAGAGCGGACGGCCCAUGAUGCACACGAGAGACAUGGUGGGACUCAGCAUCGAGUAUUGGACUGAGAGACGCCAUGUCAUUCCUAAAACUACAGAGACAAUGCGCUACUGCGAGACUAGGGAGAAGGUUUGGUUGAUUCUCAUAGGCUGCAAGGCCUUGGAUGGAAACAUGUUUCCUCCAGUCCGGGUGUCAGAGAACUGGAUUUCCCAGAAGGUGGAAAAGGCCGAACCUGGGCCCGAGGAUAUCCUCGUUGCUGCUUCUGGACCGGCUCUCGACUGGCUAGAGCCGGAGCCCACCACGCUACCCCAAACUGACGAUAAUAAGGAUCCAGGCAUUGACGUGGUGCAGCCGGAUGGCACAACGCACAAAUAUCCAAACGUCAAGUUCGUAGCAACCCUUACCCCCUCAGUGAUCGUGCCACAGUCGGUGUGGAACACGCUGCACACCCUUACAGGAGCACAGGCCCAGCCCAUGCCUUUGCCUACCUACACGUUCGACAGCAUUUCCUUCCCGAUACCCGAGGGCAGCAACCAUGACGCAAGCGAGCUCCGGGUUAUCUCCUGCAAGAGGAAGGUUCAGGUUCAGGUCCCUGGUGACGGCAACACCGUAUCGUCGCGGAAGCACAAGAACACGCUGCUUAUCUACAAGCCUGUGUAUGGCCAGACGGUAACGGAACUCUCCUUCUCCCAUCCACGGCAACUGGUGGCAAUGCUUCCUAUUCUCCGUCAGUACGCUUUUAUAUCAACUCUACUUGAGAGAAGUUUCGGCUCCAACAUUGCUGGCGAGAUCGUACCGGACGUCAACGAUUCCAUCAUCAUCAACGAUACCAUAACGACGCAAGUCGAGUACGACAGGUUCAUGUCUCGGACAUACGAUACCAAUGAGCAAGAGCUUACACUUGACGUGGUGCUGACCGUUCACCCGUCGGCCGGCCUCCAUGUCGUCUUCCCUUUCCGAAACGCCACAGCCAACAUCGACCUGCAGAUUCAACAAAAUGGACUGGUACACGUCGUUUCACAGAACGUUAUUCCUGUCAACGGCGAAGAUGUGGCAGAAACAGACAAGGGCAAACACAAACAGCUUACCCCGCAAGACCUGGGAAGGUUGCUGGAAGUGAUGGAAGACCUUUGCUCUUGGGCAGAAUGGAUUCGAAAGAAUCUAUCGUAGCUCUCGGAUGCUGGCAGACGCUAAGACAAACCCCAUACGGCAUGACCUUUGGGUAUUAUUUUGACUUUCCUUUUGUUUGUUCUGUACAAUUGAUACCCAGAGGGAGGACCUUUUCUUGCUCAUCAGACAGGGCCAUCAGCUCCUAAAUGGGUUGGAGGGGGGGGGGUGUUUUUUUCUUGAAUCAGAGAAAAGGAAGGUUCAGGAUCCCCAAGUGUACAAAUCUUGGAAGAGAGCUGGGGGGUUUUGGGCAAUGUAACUUUGCCUGCAUGCUCAUGGCGUUGGGUUAUUGGGAGGAAGAGAAGCAGCGGCGGCCUGGUCUGUAUUUUGGUAACUGGCUGGCUGGCCGAUGACGUUAGGAGCUAUUCACUGGCAGUUAACCCAAACAAAGGGAAUGCAGAGCCGCUUGGUGAGCAGACAGAAAGGAACAUUCAUCCAUUGGCUCCUGCCGGUCCACAGCCCGCAAAGAAAGAAAGACAGUAAUAAAGUUAAUUAUGAUGACGC